AAGCUUAUGAGUGACGAGGAAAGACUAACUGGACAGAUUUCAGUAUCGACAUAUCUAGCCUAUAUUCAUGCCGGCGGUGGAUUUGCCCUAUUUUCUAUGGUUUUGUUGUGUCUGGCCAUCUCCCAGGGCUGUCGCAUUGGGAGCGACUUUUGGAUGCGCCUGUGGAUUCGGCAUCGGCAUGAUGCAGGUGCCACCCACACAUAUAUUUGGGUCUACGCAUUGUUUGGUGGACUGCAAUUGCUCUGGUUUGGCUUGUUUGCUGUGCUGCUUGUGGCAACAGUAUACAAAAGCUCAAAAUGGCUCCACUCUCGGGCACUUCAUCGAGUGGCACACUCACCAAUGUCAUUUUUUGAUACCACACCUUUGGGCCGAAUCCUCAACCGCUUCACACGUGAUGUCGAUUCGCUGGACCUUGCGCUGUGCGAUUUCUUUCGACAGUUUUACCAAAACAUAUCUCGCUCUAUCGGAUCAUUUGUCUCCAUUUCUAUCCUGGUUCCAAUAUUCCUCAUUCCCUUAGUGCCUCUAUUUUCCCUAAGCUGGGCGUUAAUAUACGUGUAUCUGCGCACAUCAGUCGAGAUACAGCGUGUCGCUGCAAUUUCUCGGUCACCUCUAUAUUCCCACUAUGCCGAAACACUUCAGGGACUGGCAACCAUCCGGGCAUUCAAUGCCCAAAAUCGAUAUGUCAGCAUGAUCGAAAGGGCACUUGACGAUGCCAACCGCCCGCAGUGGUACGCGUUGGUUGUUCAGAAUUGGGUCUGGCUGCGAGUAGACCUCCUCAGUCAUCUGCUGUCAUUGGUGGUGUGCCUCAUUGUCGUUGCGCAGCCUGCUAGAUGGGAUGCCGCUGCAGUUGGCUUGCUUUUAAUACAAGCAACACAGAUGGGUGCAUAUGUGACCUAUGCUGGCCGCGGCUGGACCGAAUUGCAAAACAACAUGAACUCUAUUGAACGAAUAAACUACUACGCAACAGAACUGGAUCAGGAGCCCGGGUAUAAUGGCUCGGACACUGAGCGAGAGCCGGGAUGCAACCUCCUCGGACCAGUUGCUCCACCACCAGCACCCAGCACAUGGCCAGAAAGAGGGACUAUCAUUAUACGCGAUCUUUCAAUGCGCUACCGCCGAGGACUCCCACUUGCGCUCAAGGGCAUCAACAUGGAAGUGUACGACGGCGAAAAAAUAGGUGUUGUUGGUCGCUCCGGUGCGGGAAAAUCAAGCUUAAUAUCAGCCCUGUUCAGACUGACCGAGCCAUCGAGCGGCAGAAUAUUCAUCGACGCCGUCGAUAUCCAGACGCUGCAUCUGAGCCGGCUUCGCAAGGCAAUUGGAAUUCUGCCGCAAGAUCCUGUUCUCUUUGAUGGAACUCUGCGAACCAAUCUUGAUCCCUUCCACGAGUUCAGUGAUACCGAGAUUUGGGACAUGUUGGACCAGGUCUGUAUGCGCAGCCAGGUUGCCUUGCAGCCAGCCAGACUCGACAUGGCUAUCGGCGAGGGAGGGGAUGGUCUGUCAGUCGGCCAACGCCAGCUGCUUUGCCUGGCAAGGGUUCUGCUUCGUCGACCAAGGAUAUUGGUUCUCGACGAGGCCACCGCAAACGUUGACCACGAGACUGAUGCUGCCAUCCAGCGCGUCGUUCUUUCUCGAGCCCAGGGAAUGACUGUUAUAAGCAUUGCGCACCGCCUUCAAACAAUCAUCAACUAUGACAAGGUGUUUGUAGUCGAUGACGGCAGGGUAGUUGAGUCCGGGACGCCA